UGCUCACAUAACAUUGCACCUGAGUUCCACCUUCAACAACCCUAAACUCCUCCCAAUCUUUCUCUCUCCUCCAAACACUCAUACUCUCACUCCAAAAUAAACCUAUCAUCCUCCCAAAAACAACAAUGGAGUAAACACCCAUAAACCCCUAAAACCUCUUAAAAACUAAAAAAACCAUGAACAAAUCAAAGCUUCCACUUUCAUGGCUAUCACGCAUAAUCCUCACAAAACCCUCCAACAUUAAACCCACAAACAUCAAUCCUUCACUCUCUCUCCUCCGCCCCAUCUUAUCAACACCCACCACAUUCAAAUCCCGCCAUUUCUGCUCUUACACCUUCACCCCAGAAGAAGAACAACGUGCACUCGAUAAUAUAUUGAAAGAGAUUGAGAAGGAGAAGCUCAAGGAGAGAGAAGAAAAGCGAAAGUUGGGUAUUUUAGUUGAUGAGAAUGCUGAAGAAGAAGAGGAUUUUAUGGGGGUUAAUCCUUUGAUUGAGAAAAUGGAGAAAUUGAAUGCGAAAACUUAUGGUAUGCAUGAUAAAAUGAAAUUUAAUCCUUAUUGGGAAGAUGAUAGUGAUCUUGAUACUGAUGAUGAAGAAGCUGAAGAUCCUGAGUUUAUGGAGGAGAUGAGGAAACAUAAUUUGGUUGCUGAUAGGAAGAUUAAACGUUACCAGGAAUUGCUUAAGGAAUUCGCCGUUUCUAAAACUUUUGAUGAUGGCUUGAAAUGGAUGAAAAAGAUUGAUAAGUUUGAGGAGAAGCAUAUGCGUCUUCGGCUGGAGUACAGAGUCAUUGGUGAAUUGAUCAAUCGUUUCAGGGAAUCCACUGGAAAGGACAAAUUUCUGCUUGCUCAAAAGUUGAACAGAGCUAUGAGGUUGGUAGAAUGGAAGGAAACUUUUGAUCCUAAAGAUCCUGCCAAUUACGGCAUCAUACAAAGGGAGGAAGUGGCUUCACCAGAAGUCGCCGAGGAUGAAGAAGUUGAGAGAGAAAAGCCAAUGAUAGAAGGCAGAGUCGAAGAUUCUGAUGAAGAAGAAUUUGAUGACAUGAAAGAGAGAGAUGAUAUACUUCUUGAGAAGCUUAAUGCUAUUGACAAAAAGCUAGAAGAGAAAUUAACAGCGUUGGAUCAUACAUUUGGAAAGAAAGGAAAGCUUUUGGAAGAAGAAAUCAGGGAUCUUGCAGAGGAGAGAAAUUCCCUGACAGAGAAGAAAAGAAGACCAAUGUACAGGAAAGGCUUUGAUGCACAACUGAUUGAUAUGAACCGCACGUGCAAAGUGACAAAGGGUGGUCAAGUGGUGAAGUAUACAGCGAUUAUAGCAUGUGGGAAUUAUAAUGGAGUAGUUGGUUAUGCAAAAGCAAAAGGUCCAGCUAUACCUCUUGCUCUUCAGAAGGCCUAUGAGAAAUGCUUUCAGAAUCUCCAUUACAUUGAUAGAUAUGAGGAUCAUACAAUCGCGCAUGCUGUACAGACAACAUACAAGAAAACCAAGGUCUAUCUAUGGCCUGCAAAAACUGCAACAGGCAUGAAAGCAGGCAAAACGGCACAAAUGAUAUUGACAUUAGCUGGCUUCAAAAAUGUAAAAUCAAAGGUUGUUGGUUCAAGGAAUCCACAUAACACUGUUAAGGCUCUUUUCCAAGCAUUAAACGCGGUCGAAACUCCAAAAGAUGUUCAGGAGAAGUUUGGCCGAACUGUUGUUGAAUCUUACCUUCUAUAGUUGAAGUUCCUACCAUUUUCUUUCAAUCUUGCCCUUUUUUCCCUUUCUAAAGGUGGGAGAACAAAAGUGGGAUGGGGGGUGGAAUUCAUCUUGUCCACUCCCCUUAAACAUAGUGUUUUGUUUUUGUAGCUUUGGCCUUUAUUCAAUCAGAUAGGAUACUUUGCUAUCGAUUAGUAUGUAUCGUGGGAAUGGAUGCCAUUUUUAGGAAAAUAAGUUCAAUUUUUCGUUCAAUUGAUUUGUAAAGGAGAGAAAAUUUCCUACAAGUAUUCUCUAGCUUUUCCAGGAGAAUUCUCAGUAUUUGAGGAAAGAAUAUCACCUUUUCGUCG